AUGGCAAUGGAUGAUGAGCAAGACGAGUCCAGGUUUAGACACCGCGCCCAAGCUGGCCUCGCACGACUCGAUGCAGGUUACAAUUACAUCUUCGUGAGGCACAACCCACUUUCCUGUUUUCAGGCCUGUGUCCUCUCCAGCUGCGUGCUUCUCAUUGGCCUCGUCCUGGCGGUGUGGGCUGUGGGCCACGGAGUCGCGCUGGGCGCCACGGCCUUGGACCACUUCAUAGACCCCGAGGAAGUCCGUGUCCACGGCCCUGACUCCUUUGUCGCGCGGCUGCAGAAUCAUAGCGCCAUGCCAGAGAGCUGCACUCGCGUGGUGCCCACGGACGCGGUGGAGACGGCUGCCGUGGCCAAGGAGUGCUUGGCGUGGUGUCGAGACAGCCUGGGUCCCGGAUGCGGCUUUCCUUUCGCCUUCAGUCCUCUGCAUUGGAGGUGGAUGAGGCAGGCAGGCGAGGGUGUGGAGACCAGCUUCAAGAUGUGCUGGAAAGUGGAGACAGCUGCUUGGGCCUUGGGCUGGUGCCCAUCCGACUGGCAGAUGUACGUGGCUGUUGCGCUCUACGGCAGUGUCAGCGGCAUCGCGUUCUUCUGCUUCCUCCGGAAGAACUGGGAGGAAGAGUCCGAGUCAGAAGAGUCGGACGACUCGGCGUCCGAACACCUCCGGGGUCCUGGGCGCCCGGACUUCCUCGCGCCCGAUGAUGAGGGCUUCGAAGAUGGAAGCCCAUUUGCUGCCUCUAGGCGAUAUAGGCCACCCUUUUGCUGCAUUCCCAUCGACUCCGACUAUGAGGGUGCAAAGUGCCAGCUGCGCCAGCUGAGCUUCUUCAUGCUCUUCGAGCCCGCGCUGGAUGUUCUGUCCAUCCUCAUGUUUCUACGGAGGGGCCAGCCCAUCUACGCAGCGGUGGCUAGCAUCUCGGUUGCCAUCUCCUGCUUGCUGGAACAGGACCUCUUCCAGAUCCGGGGUGCGGCCGCGGCGGCCGCAAGCCUAGGAAGGGGCUUUGCGACGCCCGCUCUGUACCAGCACCAGCUGCUUGAGAUCGUGGAGAGCUCUGGGUCCACGAUUGUGCAGUGCUACGCGGCCCUGCGGAUGGACCUGUCCUGCGCAACGCUGCCCACGGUUUGCACGCUGAUCGCGGGCGCAGGCAGCAGCCUCUUGCUCUCUCUGCCGCAAGCUGUGAGAGCCGCCUAUGUCCUCAUGAGCAGGAACGUCAACAACUACUACGAGCAGGAAAGGCACAAAGCAGCUGUGUUAGUUUUUUGGAGGUAUGGGCCCUCCGUGCUGUGCAUGUCGAUUGCCGAGCUAGCACUGAUUCUCGGACGGCACAACGACGGUCAGCUUUCGUCCCCAUGGUCGCUGCUCUGGGAGAUGCCUGGUUGGGAGCUUCGUCUUUCAGCCCUUUUCCUGCUGCUCUUCCGCGUUGCCGUGCUCUGUGGCCUCGUGCUGGGUAUUUCUGCAUCUUGCCUGAUAUGCGGGUUCAUGUGCUUUUGGAGCCACUUCCUGGAUGAGUGGGGAGGUUGA